UCCCCGCUCUCGAUGGUGGCACGGGUCACGUGACGGGGGCGGGGGUGGCUGCGCGUUCCCCUCUACUGGGAGGGAACCUGCUACCAAAGCCGAGAGGGGAGGGGGGGCUCGGCCACGGGCGGGGGGGCGUGUGCCAUGUCUCUCGAAGACCCAUUUUUUGUUGUCCGAGGUGAGGUGCAGAAGGCGGUGAACACGGCCCGCGGGCUGUACCAGCGCUGGUGCGAGCUCCUGCAAGAGGACGCGGCGGUCGGCCGCGAAGAGCUGGACUGGACGACCAAUGAGCUGCGGAAUGGCCUUCGCAGCAUCGAGUGGGACCUCGAGGACCUGGAGGAGACCAUCGGCAUAGUGGAAGCCAACCCAGGAAAGUUCAAGCUCCCAGCCGGAGACCUGCAGGAGAGAAAGGUGUUCGUGGAGCGGAUGCGGGAGGCAGUCCAGGAUAUGAAGGACCAUAUGGUCAGCCCCGCAGCCAUAGCCUUCAUGGAGAGGAAUAAUAGAGAGAUGCUGACGGGCAAGCCAGUUGCCCAGAAGUCAUCCAGCGACCUGCUUGAUGCCAGCAUGGCCUCAGCCACCUCUCGUUACCUUGAGGAGCAGCAGGCCACACAGCAGCUGAUCAUGGACCAACAGGACCAACAGCUGGCAAUGGUGUCUGGGAGCAUCUGGGUUCUGAAACACAUGUCCAGCCGUGUUGGGGAGGAGCUGGAUGAGCAGGGCAUCAUGCUUGAUGCCUUCGCUCAUGAGAUGGACCACACCCAGUCCCGGAUGGAUGGGGUCCUCAGGAAGAUGGCCAAAGUAUCCCACAUGACGAGUGGUAAGUCCCUCUGGGGAGGCAACUGGGGUGGUGCUGGGGGGCACUGCAAGGGUGGUACCCCAUCCCCCUGUAACCUCUGACCCUUUUGCCCCCAGACCGCCGACAGUGGUGUGCCAUUGUGGUGCUGCUGGGGGUGCUUCUUCUGGUUCUCAUCCUGCUCUUCUUUCUCUGACCCGGGCCCUCCCAAGGGCGCCGGUCCCUCCAGCCCGGGGAGUUGGCAAGGUCCUGCCCGCCCUGGGAGAAGUGGUUCCUUCCUGGGGAGCUGUCCCAAGGUUCUCAUCCAGAGCCAGUGGAACCCUCAGGGCCCUGGGCCAGAGCCCCUGCCACUCGUCCUGUCUCAAGUGCGCUUAGGAGGUGGUAGAGGUAGGGGAACCUCAGACACACUCCUCCCCACUUCUACUCUGGUACCCCAAAGCCCCUUGCUCCUGUGCCUUCUACAUGUGCCAAUUUGGAAAUAAAAGCCCAGCCUUUUUUAUA